GAGAGUACUGUUUUCACCGCGGUCCGUCCAAUGGUGAGGAGCUGUUUGAGUCGCUAUGGUGACGAGAUUGUUUCGCCGGAGGUUGUGAUGGGUUGACAGGUGCGGGACAGUCGCGUCUGUGCCAGCAUGUACGCCAAAGGCAAGAGCAGCGUGCCAUCGGACAGUCAAGCCCGAGAAAAGUUAGCUCUGUAUGUGUACGAAUAUCUGCUGCAUGUGGGAGCUCAAAAAUCAGCACAGACAUUCCUGUCGGAGAUCCGAUGGGAGAAGAACAUCACAUUAGGAGAGCCGCCUGGGUUCUUGCACUCCUGGUGGUGUGUUUUCUGGGACCUCUACUGUGCUGCUCCUGAGAGGAGAGAAACAUGCGAGCACUCGAGUGAAGCCAAAGCUUUCCAUGAUUAUAGUGCAGCAGCAACACAGAGUCCAGUGAUUGGGAGUCCACCUGGAGACGGUAUGCCUUUACCUCCUGGAUUUUUCCAGCAGUUUAUGUCUCCUCGAUAUCCUGGCGGACCCAGAGGCUCUCUCCGAAUACCCAAUCAGGCUUUGGGGCCUGGGAACCAGCCACUCCUACCCAGUGGGAUGGACCCUACAAGACAGCCAGGCCAUCCCAGCAUGAGUGGGCCCAUGCAGCGGAUGACCCCUCGAGGAAUGGUUCCUAUUGGACCACAGAACUAUGGUGGUGGAAUGAGGCCUCCCUUAAAUGCCCUAGUUGGACCAGGAAUGCCAGGGAUUAACAUGGGUCCUGCAGGAGUAAGACCGUGGCCAAAUCCUCCAAAUAACAAUUCGAUCCCUUAUUCAUCCGCAUCUCCAGGCAGUUAUUCGGGUCCCCCAGCAGGAGGCGGCCCUCCGGGCACACCAAUCAUGCCCAGUCCUGCAGAGUCAAACAACUCGAGUGACAACAUGUACAGCUUGAUCAGCUCAGUCCCACCAAAUGGGACCAGACCAAAUUUUCCGUUAGGUUCAGGUGCUGAUGGCCCAAUAGGGAGCAUGGCAGGCAUGGAACCGCAUCAUAUGAAUGGUUCAUUAGGAUCUGGUGACAUUGAAAGCCUCCCAAAGAGCUCACCAGGAAAUCUCAGCAUGAGUAAUCAGCCUGGCACACCAAGAGAUGAUGGAGAAAUGAGCGGCAACUUCCUCAACCCAUUUCAGAGUGAAAGUUAUUCUCCUAACAUGACAAUGAGUGUGUGAGAGGACAGCACAGGAGCAAAAUUUCAAGAUUUCACAGUGCUCAGCAAAAACACACAUUCAACCUGCUUUUCUACUCAUAUUGUCUGUGGUGGACUUUUGUGAAUUGAAGUGACGUUCUUCUACACCAGAUCUGACCAAACUAAAGUAAGCCUUGAAAGGAUCCAGAUGACAUCUGCACAUUUUUUCUUACAUUUGUUUUGUAAUUUCAUGGUUAAUGUCCUGUGUUCUGUCUGAAUGAACUCAGCAAAGGUGUGGGGUAAAAUAUUUGGGACUCAACUUGGACUUGUAUGACUGAACUCGGGACUUGACUGGAGACUAGAAAUAAAAGAUUUGAGUUUAACUUUUACUUGCAAAACAAUGACUUGGUCUCAUCUCUGCUUGAAAUAAGCAGGGGCUUGACUUGGAUUGCUUGAGUCUCACAAAGACUUUACUGACUCAAGACUUGAAGGUUAAGACUCAAGACUUGAAGGUUAAGACUCGAAACUUGUAGGUUAAGACUGAAGACCUGAAGAUUCAGACUCAAGACUUAAAGAGUAAGACUCGAGACUUGAAGGUUAAGACUGAAGACCUGAAGAUUAAGACUCGAGACUUGAAGGUUAAGACUUGAGACUUGAAGAUUAAGACUGAAGACCUGAAAAUUAAGACUCAAGACUUGAAGGUUAAGACUUGAGACUUGAAGGUUAAGACUGAAGACCUGAAGAUUAAGACUCGAGACUUGAAGGUUAAGACUUGAGACUUGAAGGUUAAGACUGAAGACCUGAAGAUUAAGACUCAAGACUUGAAGGUUAAGACUUGAGACUUGAAGGUUAAGACUCAAGACCUGAAGGUUCAGAACUGAGACUUGAAGAUUAAGACUCAAGACCUGAAGGUUAAGACUAAAGACUUAAAGGUU